AGGAGGAGUUCUCUUUCUGCUCUAGAAGGAUGCAGAACCCCUGACCUCUGUCUGUACAGUGGCGAUUGGCCUUGUGCUGAUCACAUGCACUCUCCCAAGCAAAAAAAAAAAACCUCUCUAGCAAUACAAACCAAACUGAGCAUGUGCAGAGUGUCUCCACACAAUAUGUCUUAUCAGGAGAAGGGAACGAUCAUAGAAGUUAGGAUCAAACAGCAUUUUUACACAAUGUAGAAGAUUAACUCUUUAGGUUCCAGAGUAAGUAUAAAAAGCAUGCUUUACUGCAUAUACAGACUGAUUUUACGGUUGUGGGUUUAGUAACACUUUAAUAAGGA